AAUUGGAGGAAGGAAUGCAGGAAGUGCUCACAGCCGCUCAGACAUCUCAGAGCCUCGUCCCCGGCAGGACCAAGGCUGCGGUACCCUGGGAAUGCGUGUGCCAUGGCCUGGCCCCUGGGGUGGCCGCCGGCUCAGGAGCCCACGGCACUGCGUACAGCCAGAGCUGUCCCUCGCGGAGCCCAGGCCCCCUGCAUCCAGGGAGUCUUGAGCUCACAUCUUUCAGGACAGCGCUUCUUCCAGAACUGCCAGGGGAGUUGCCCAUGGCUCUUAGAAACCUGGCCCAAGGCUUAGAAAACAGUGACAGAGACCCACUGAGGUCGGAGUAGAGCCAUGUGGGGCGCCCAACGGCCCAGAGGGGGCACCAGCCAGGGCCUCAGACCGGUAUCUUCUUAGAAGACCACAGGGAGAGCAGCUGGAGGAGCAAGGGUACCUGCCAUCACCAAGAGCCCCUCGCUUCGGAUGGGGAGCUAAGGUCCGAGACACAUCCCGGGUUGCUCAGUGGGUCAGUGGCCAAACGGGGCCAUGGAAACGGCAGUGAUUGGAAUGGUGGCCGUACUAUUCGUGGUCACCGUGGCCAUCACCUGCAUCCUUUGCUGUUUCAGCUGUGACUCAAGGACCCAGGAUUCUCAGGGGAGCCCACGCCCUAGCUUCACGGUGGCCACGUUUCGCCAGGAGGCUUCUCUCUCCACGGGGCCAGGUCAUCAUGCCCAGCCAGUGGCGGGUGUCCGGGACUUCUGGACCUUCAUGUGAGACCUACCAGCCCCCAGGAUUUGCUCUGCUGGUGGUCAGACUCAUCUACCCCCCAGCAAGCCUUCUCUGAUGACCCACUCCUCCAAGCCCGGCAUUCCUGUCCUUCCCUGCCUGUAUCCAGAAAACUCCCUGUCCCAUCCCAUCCCAGCUUGCCAUGCCCUCCAGUCUGGGAGAUCCAUGGUGAUGGGACCAGGUGGGAGUCAGCUCUGACCCCUGAGAGCUCAGCUGGACCCAACCCACAGGAUGGGGCUUAGGAGAGGUCCGGAGCUUGAGUGAACGGGCAGUGUUGGAUGGCAUGGUGGGCCAGCUCUUCUGAGCUUCACGGUGAACUGAAAUAUCACUGGACUUUAUUGUGAACAGAGUGUUGGUUAACUCAAGUUAUCCCAGGAUGCCUAUGACACUGGUUCUAUUGCCACCAGAGGAAGCAGCGCCCUCAGUGGACAGUUUUACAAACCACUUCUUAUCUGUUCCUCUAAUUGAGUCAUUUUGCUACUUGCCUGUGCAUAUCCUGCAGAGCCCACCCCUGAGAUCUGCCUCCUACCCUUUACCUGAAAUCAGCCCUGAAAUUCUGAAACCAAAGGGCUGCUUCCUGGGAACUGGCGAUUUAUUUUAUAAUUGAAAAUGCAUAUCCUUUUAUGGGUCUCCCAAGAAUCAGGGUUGGGGAAUCACAAAAGGAAACAGAAGAGAAAAAUAGAGUCACAGAAAGUACAAGAUGUUUUAUUAACAGGAAAGCCAGAAAGAAGACUUUGAAACAUAUUUUGAAUGAGACUUUAUUACUGUAUUCUUAUAGGUCACUUCUAUUCUUAGAGACUGUAAGUGACUUGUGUCACUCAGGAAUGAUAGAAAAAUGAUAGAACUCCAAAUGACAGAACUGAAAGUUAAUUUCGAAUAAGUUAAAAUGUUAUGUUAUAUUGACAGUAUGUAACAAAGCUCUUGUUUGCAUCACAAAUAAAUAGAUGUUCAGUUUUUA